CUAAGUAUAGAAAAACAGUCUUGAAAAUGUUGUCCAGACUCUUUAGAAUGCAUGGGCUUUUUGUAGCCUCUCAUCCAUGGGAAGUCAUUGUGGGAACAGUGACUCUCACCAUCUGUAUGAUGUCCAUGAAGAUGUUCACUGGGAAUGAUAAGAUCUGUGGCUGGAACUAUGAGUGCCCCAAACUUGAAGAAGAUGUUCUCAGCAGUGACAUCAUCAUACUGACAAUCACGCGCUGUAUAGCAAUCCUUUAUAUAUAUUUCCAGUUUCAGAACCUAAGGCAGCUUGGGUCAAAAUACAUUUUAGGUAUUGCUGGUCUCUUUACAAUCUUCUCAAGUUUUGUUUUUAGUACAGUGGUAAUUCACUUCUUGGAUAAAGAACUGACAGGUUUAAAUGAAGCUUUACCAUUCUUCCUGCUUCUGAUUGAUCUGUCAAGAGCAAGUGCAUUAGCCAAAUUUGCGCUCAGUUCCAACUCACAGGAUGAAGUAAGAGAAAAUAUUUCACGUGGAAUGGCAAUUUUAGGGCCUACGUUUACACUGGAUGCACUUGUGGAGUGUCUUGUGAUCGGUGUUGGUACUAUGUCAGGUGUACGACAGCUUGAAAUUAUGUGCUGCUUUGGCUGUAUGUCUGUUCUUGCCAACUACUUUGUCUUCAUGACCUUCUUUCCAGCGUGUGUGUCCUUGGUAUUAGAGCUUUCAAGAGAGAGUCGUGAAGGGCGCCCUAUAUGGCAGCUUAGCCAUUUUGCUCGUGUUCUGGAAGAAGAAGAAAAUAAACCAAAUCCUGUAACACAGAGGGUCAAAAUGAUUAUGUCACUGGGUUUGGUUCUUGUUCAUGCCCACAGUCGUUGGAUAGCAGAACCAGCUGCUCAAAACAGUACUGUAGAAAAUGCAGUGGGAUUGGAUGAGAAUGCACCAAAGAGAAUUGAACCUAAUGUUUCAUUGUGGCAGUUCUACCUUUCUCGAAUGGCCAGUAUGGAUAUUGAACAAGUAAUCACUCUUGGAUUAGCCCUUCUCCUUGCUGUCAAAUACAUUUUCUUUGAGCAAGCAGAGACUGAAUCCACACUCUCACUGAAGAAUCCCAUAACUUCUCCAGUGAUUGUCCAGAAAAAGGUCCCUGAGAAUUGUUGCAGGAAGCAAUCUGGGCUUCUGAAAAACAAUCAGAAAUGCAACACAGUAGAAGAAGCUUUAGUUCUCAAAGAUGGAAAUGCCAAAGUCAUAAAACCUGUGUUAGUGGAGUCAUCAACUAAGGCUACGUUUGUAGUUGGCAGUUGCAACCCUGUGGAAACUUCAUUUGUUAAUGGAAAAGAGGAAGAAAUUGAAUUACCUAAAGAACCACGUUCUGUUGAGGAAUGUGUUCGUAUACUUGGAAAUGCAGAGAAAGGAGCAAAAUUCCUUACUGAUGCUGAGGUUAUCAGCUUAGUUAAUGCUAAGCACAUUCCCGCAUACAAACUGGAAACCCUGAUGGAAACUCAAGAGCGAGGUGUGUCCAUUCGCAGACAGAUGUUAUCCAAGAAACUCCCUGAACCUUCAUCUUUGCAAUAUCUUCCUUAUAGGAAUUAUAAUUACUCUUUGGUUAUGGGAGCUUGCUGUGAAAAUGUGAUUGGAUAUAUGCCUAUUCCUGUAGGCGUAGCAGGACCACUAUUUUUGGAUAACAAAGAGUUUCAGGUGCCAAUGGCAACAACAGAAGGAUGUCUUGUAGCAAGCACAAACAGAGGAUGUAGAGCAAUAUGUCUUGGUGGAGGAGCAAGUAGCCGCAUUCUGGCAGAUGGUAUGACUCGAGGACCUGUUGUAAGGCUGCCUACUGCUUGCCAGGCUGCAGAAGUGAAAGUUUGGCUUGAAAGCCCUGAAGGCUUUAAAAUAAUGAAGGAAGCUUUUGACAGCACAAGUAGGUUUGCCCGCCUACAAAAACUUCUCAUCAGUUUGGCUGGUCGUAACCUCUAUAUCCGUUUUCAGUCUGGAACUGGGGAUGCAAUGGGCAUGAAUAUGAUUUCAAAAGGUACUGAAAAAGCACUGGCAAGGUUGAGUGAAGAGUUUCCUGAUCUCCAGGUUAUAGCUAUUAGUGGUAACUAUUGUACAGACAAAAAACCUGCUGCUAUAAACUGGAUAGAAGGAAGAGGGAAGUCUGUUGUCUGCGAAGCAGUUAUUCCAGCCAAGGUUGUUAGAGAAGUAUUGAAGACAACUACAGAAGAUUUAGUAGAAGUCAAUAUAAACAAAAAUUUGGUGGGUUCUGCAAUGGCUGGUAGCAUAGGUGGCUACAAUGCACACGCAGCAAACAUCGUGACAGCUAUCUACAUUGCCUGUGGUCAGGAUGCUGCGCAGAAUGUGGGCAGCUCUAAUUGCAUUACUUUGAUGGAGCGAACUGGUUCCACCAACGAAGACCUGUACAUCAGCUGCACAAUGCCUUCUAUAGAAAUAGGAACUGUUGGUGGAGGUACCAACUUGCUCCCGCAGCAGGCCUGUUUGCAGAUGUUAGGGGUUCAAGGUGCAAGCCAAGAAAACCCUGGUGAAAAUGCCCGUCAGCUUGCUAAAAUUGUUUGUGCUACGGUGAUGGCAGGGGAAUUAUCGCUAAUGGCAGCUCUUGCAGCUGGUCAUCUAGUCAAAAGCCACAUGAUCCACAACAGGUCAAAAAUAAAUCUACAAGAUCUUCAAGGAACCUGCACUAAGAAGGCAGCUUGAAUACGUGGAAAUUAAGAAUUGUUCUAGCAACUGACCAGGUGCACAGGGGGAAAAAAAAAUUGUGAAGUUUAGAAUGAAAAUCACCUUCAACUCAGUGAUGUCUGUAUAAGAUAAACUGAGAGAUCAAUGGACUUAUGAGACUAGUUACACCUUUGACCUCCUUCAGUGGUUAGAGAUGACUACAUGAAAGAAGUCCUGUCAGACAUCUUCAACAUUAAUUUGGAAUUGUUACUCCUACAGAUCAUUUUCUAAAGGGUCAGUCUUAUGUUUUUGCAGGUUGCAAUUAUUUUGACUAGUAAGCUUCUGGUAACUACCAAGCUGAAAAGUGAUGUG